UUUUUUGAAAGUGUGAAUCACCUGUAUCCACAAGUAUAUUUGUCCCCCGAGGAGAAAGUGAAGAAGUUUUUUGUUUGUUUGUUUUGUUCUGUUUUGUUUUUAAUUUAGGAACUGUCAUUUCUUUCAUAGAAGGAGCUCUUGGUGAGGAAUUUCCUUUACCAAGGAACUUAUUCGAGCAUGAUUUACCUUGACAAAGGAAGAUGUCCCAGGGAAGGGUGGAAGAAAACUUCACCCUCUUUUGGAAACCAGCAAUAAGACCGGUGGUGAUCUGAGAGAGCUAAGUUCUGGGCAGUUAAUGGACAUAACAACUUGUUGCUUACCACCUGGCCUCUUUAGUCCAAGGGGGGCGUGUCUGCUUGUUUCCCUGAGGUGAGGUGAUCUGCACAGUGACUUACCCAGCCCCUGCUCUUCUGUGGUCCACAGCUCAGUUCUUUAAGCUACCUUCCCUACUGGCACUUCUUUACAGGGCGGGCUCUGAUAGGGAGGAGACACGUCCCGGUGAGCUGUGCUAGGGCCCAGCGCCCAGGAAGGGGAACGCCCUCCUGGCUUUGGGUGCUCUCCAGUCCGCCACUGAGAGCGCAAGGAUAUUGCCGGUGGGAGGUGGCUGUGUAAAAAGGCUGCCUCUGAGGAGCAGCUGAAGCUCAGCCGCGACCUCCUCCAGUCCUGGUCCUCAACUUCUGGAGGAGCAAAUGUACCCCUGCACCAGAACGCGCGUCCCUUCCCCCGGGUGAGCGCCAGUAAGAAGAGCAGGAGACUCCGGCCGGCGGAGAGCUGUGGAGACGAGUCGCUAGGAAGAUGGAGACUCAGGAGUGCCCAGCGGGGGCGGAACCAGGAGUCAAGGAGCCUCAGCUGCCCAGACAGCUGCUGCCCGAGCUGUACGGCUUCGUGGCUCGGGUGCUGCUUUACCUGGCGCCCGUCUACCUGGCUGGUUACCUGGGGCUGAGCCUCACCUGGCUGAUCCUCGGAGCCUUCCUGUGGAUGUGGUGGCGCAAGAACCGGCGCUGGAAACACUCGCGCCUAGCCGCUGCCUUCGAGUUCUUGGACAAUGAACGACAAUUAAUCGGCAAGGAGCUCCGGGACCAGCAGCUGCCUGCUUGGAUCCACUUCCCAGAUGUGGAGCGGGUUGAAUGGGUCAACAAGAUCAUAUCACAGAUCUGGCCCUACCUUGGCAUGAUCAUGGAGAAGAAACUUCGAGAAAAACUCCAGCCAAAGAUCAGAGAAAAGAGCACCCAUCUCAAAACAUUCACUUUCACCAAACUGUGCUUUGGACAAAAGUGCCCCAAGGUCAAUGGUGUCAAGGCCCACACCAGCCAGUGCAACCGAAGACGGAUCACCCUAGACCUACAGAUAUGCUAUAUAGGAGACUGUGAGAUCAGUGUGGAGUUACAAAAAAUGCCUGCUGGGGUGAAUGGAAUACAGUUACAGGGCACUCUUCGUGUGAUCCUUGAGCCUCUCCUUUUCGAUAAGCCAUUUGUGGGAGCCGUGACUGUAUUUUUCCUUCAAAAGCCUCACCUGCAGAUAAACUGGACAGGCCUGCUGAACCUCCUUGAUGCUCCAGGUAUCAAUGAAAUGUCAGACAGCAUGUUUGAAGACCUCAUCGCUGCCCACCUUGUGCUGCCCAACAGAGUGACGGUCCCCGUGAAGAAAGGGCUGAAUAUAACCAACCUUCGGUUCCCGCUACCCUGCGGAGUUAUCAGAGUUUGCUUGUUGGAGGCUGAGAAACUAGAGCGAAAGGAUGGUUUCCUGGGGUUGAAAGGCAAGUCAGAUCCUUAUGCCCUGGUGACUAUUGGCCUCCAGAAUUUCCGGAGCAAGACUGUGUACAGGAACUUGAACCCUAUCUGGAAUGAAGUUUUUGAGUUUAUAGUUUAUGAAGUCCCGGGGCAGGACCUGGAAGUGGAUUUGUAUGAUGAAGAUACAGAUAAAGAUGAUUUUCUGGGCAGCCUCCAGAUCAACCUUGGAGAUGUCAUGAAGAACAGUGUGGUGGAUGAGUGGUUUGUCUUGAACAACACCACAAGUGGCCGGCUACACCUGAAGCUUGAGUGGCUUUCUCUGACCACCUACCAGGAAGUCAUGGCUGAGGAUCCCAGUGGCCUCUCAACUGCCAUCCUUGUUGUCUUCCUAGAAGGUGCCUGCAAUUUACCAAGAAAUCCUUUUGAGUAUAUGAAUGGUGACUAUAGAGCCAAGAAACUGCCCAGGUGUGCCAGGUUUCUGCAUAUGGAGGAUCGGGAACCAGGCACACCAUACACAGGCCCAGAGGUCCUGAAGAAAGGACCUAUGUUUAUCAAGAGAUCUGAAAUCAACCAGGAGCCAAAAGCCCCAUCUCAGGAACAUGAUUCUACACUUCCACUUCAAUCCCAGACCUCUAGAACUUGUGACACCAAUCAAGCCUACAAAAAUACCCCAACUAAGCUCAUUCCUCAGGAGAAGGGCCCAGAGUUCAAAGGCAAGGGCAGUGAGAGCGGGCCCCCAGAACAAAUGGGGAACAAAAGCACAACAACCAUGUUCUUGACUGUCCCUGGCUCCCAUUCUCCUGGACCCAUCAAGUCACCUAGACCUAUGAAAGGCCAUGUGACCCCAUUCUCUUGGCCACAUAAAAAGAUGUCUCCCAGCCUGUCUUCACUCAACUCCAUGGCCUCCUCAUGCUUUGACGUGACAGGAAGCAGCCUAACCGUUGAUACUGAUGGGAACUGCCACCCACUAGGAGAGAUUCAGCUCUCUGUCCACUACACGUCCCUUCAACAGAGCCUUGUGGUUCUCAUUAAUGGCUGCAGGAAUUUGAGACCCUCUUGUAGCAGCGGAGUUGAUCCAUAUGUCCGAGUAUACCUGUUGCCUGAAAGGAAGUGGACAAGCCGGAAGAAGACAUCAGUAAAGCGGAAAACUGUAAAUCCCCAGUAUGAUGAAAAAUUUGAAUUUUGUAUCCCUAUGGAAGAAGUGAAGAAAAGAACUCUGGAUAUUGCAGUUAAACAUUGCAGGCCAUUUGGUUCACAUAAAAGAAAAGAACUGGGCAAAGUAUUGAUUGACUUAUCAAAGGAAGAUCUAGUCAAGGGUUUUACACAAUGGUAUGAACUGACAGCAAAUGGCCAGCCAAGAAGUUGAUAAUGUUAGGAUUACUACUCACCAAAGAAUAAGCAUACUUUCCUUUAUAUUAAAAUGUAUAUAUGUAUAUUCUGUAUUUAAUAACUGAGAAUAUUUAAGAAGUGCAUGCAUUCUGGUGUGAAAUUUAUAAACUACUUUUUUCAGUGUCUGAUUAAUAUUUAGAAAGGAUAAGAUGUAUGAAAAGGUGAGAUUUCCUGAGGCUAGAUUUAAUUUGUUUAAAUCCUGUACUAAGGAAAUUGGGUGCACUGUGACUAGUAAUAGUUUUAUAUUCACAAAGUGGAUUUUUUCCAUUUCUACAGUUACAGAUAGUCUCUGAUUUACAAAUGAUAUAUGCAAAGGAAUGAAUAUGAUUGGCUUGAGGUGGGGAGGAGCAAGGGCAGCUUCUGAAUCACCCUUCCUUUGAGGGGCAACUGUUUUCCUAGGUUUGGAAUACUUGGACAGCUUACUUAUCCUGUGCAAAUGUGAAGAAUCAGCAAAGUGAUCAAAGUACUAAGUUCUAAACUGCCCCACCACCACAACAAUAUAAGCAUUCCUUGUGUCCUUCACUAGAUUUUUUUUUUAAAUAAAUGGUUACAUGUGACACUAGCAGUAUUCAACUUCAGUACAUUACCCCAUCUCAUGCCAAACUUACAUUCUCAUCCUUACCACAAGUAGCCUAUUAGGACUGUAAGCUGAGAAGCACUUGAAAGCAUUGUCCUUUCAUCUUUGCCAUUCCCAGUGCACUGAACAUAGAAGCUUAAUAAAUGUAUGGGUUUUUUUAAUUGGACUGAAUCAAAUUGAACUGAAUUGAAUUAGAGAUGAAAUAGGCUUUUGUGGACUGGUCAGAGAGCCAUUUAUGAUAUUAUUUCUAGGGGAAAAUGCAUUUAUUAUUAAUUCAAAACUGUAAAUUCAGGACUAUAUUAUAUUAAUAGUAGGAAUGGCAAUUAUGGUGUGGGAACUUGGAGAAUUAGUCCUUAUCUUUAAUAAAGAGAGGCAUAAUCUGUUCCCCUAUUUCAAAAGAUGAUUUUGGUCACCAAAGUAACCUUAUGCUGCUUUAAAAGCAAAAUAUAUAAAGUAUUUGUAUAUAUAGUAAGUGGUUUUUGCAUUUUCAUCUUUAAUACUCUCUUUACAAUUCAUUAUCUUAAUAUGCCCUACAAAACAACCUAAAACCUGGUCCUGCCCCAUUGCUUCCCCUAUUUUUGUUAGUAGGAUUGUUGCAGCCAGACACCACCAUAAAUUUUACUCCUCUCUCAUCUCAUAUCCCAUUAGUAAUCAAAUCUCCCAUUGAAUCUUUUUUUUCUUCAUUACCACUGCCACCAUUUCAUUUGAGGUGCAAUUAUGGCAAUAGCUUCCUAAUGCGUCUUUCUGCUUCCAUUUUCUCUCCUUUCCUAAUCCACCAUGCAGAUUGACCUUACCAAAACACCCCUUUCAUCAUGGCACCUCCCACUCUCAAUCAUUGGAGUAGUGGCUUCCCAUUAUAUACAACAUUUAGAUUCUGGGGCCCUCCACAUAUAGACCAACUAUAUCUCUCACUACACUCCCUUCCCACCAUCAUAUACUUGGAAUGCUUUCUUUUCUCCAACUAUUCAGAUCCUAGAUACCUUUCAAGGUCCAGGUUAACUAUCAUCCCUUUGGCAAAGCUUUCCUUGAUAACUCCAAUCCCCUCAUGACCUCUUCCUCCUUUCAACUCCUACAACCCUUAACAUCUUUCCACUCAUCUGGCUUUUAUGUACUGACUUGUGACAUCUCUUGCACUGCUUAUUUUUAUUUAACAUGUAUUUAUCUUUUCUGCUCAACCAGAGUGUAACUUCACUGAAGGCAAAGUUUAUAUACUUCCUUAUAUUCCUCAUUUUAUGUAACAGUACUAUAUACCUCAUAAAUAUGCAAUAAAAUUUUUAUU